UAUAUAGAAGGCGGAAGACAAAGAAGUUAAGAUAGUAAGAAAAUUCGGAAAAAUAACCCAAGAUGGAAUCGGUUCUCACUCCCCCGUUGCCGUUUAAGUUUGAGGAAAAUGUAACCAAUAUGGCGUUUGGCAGUUUGUGUGAAUCUUGGGAGAAGUGGAAGAAUGGUUUUCAAAUAUACGUUAAGGCAUGCGAACUUAAUAAGAAAACGGAAGAAAUACAAAUGAACAUAUUUUUACACGUCGUAGGGGAACAAUGCCGUGAGAUAAUAGAACAAAGUAAGACGAAAAGUACAACAUUAGCGGCCUUAAUAGGUCAAGUCGACAAUCAUUUUAAAGCGAAAAAAAAUGUAACGGUCGAGCGUCAUCGGUUUUUCACUCGUCAACAAGGUGAACAUGAGUCCAUAGACCAGUACGUCUUUGAAUUGAGAAAAUUGGCUCAAUCAUGCGAGUUUGGUGACUUAAACGACGGAUUAAUAAAAGAUAGACUCGUAUGCGGAAUCGUGAGUGCAGCGAUUAGGGAGCGGUUGCUACGCGAGGACGACCUAACGCUAAACAAAGCAUUAGAAAUAUGUCGGGCUGCUAUCGUGUCGAAAAUGUAUUCGGAGGACAUUAAACGAGAGUGCACUAGCGAGUUAAAAGGUAGCGAAGUGUGUGCGGUAGCUAACAAAGAAGUGUUCGAGUUGAAUCGGUCAGGUGCGAAAGUCGAGGCAAAAUCGAGUCGUAGUAUGAGUUCCGGACGAGGAUGGCGCGGGCGCGGAUGGGUGCCUGGCGCGGGGCGCGCUGGCGCGUCGGGCGCGUCGGGCGCUGCGGGCCCGGCCGGCGCUCAGCACCGCGCGCCGUACGCGCAUCGCGGAGGACGGUGCGGCCAGUGCGGCGGCGUUCACAAAAAAUACGACUGUCCGGCGUAUGGCAGGAGCUGCAUGAAAUGUUCCAGACCGAAUCACUUUGCCAGGAUGUGCAGGGUGUACAUGGUGGAAGAGUCUGAGGACCAGCCGGGUAAACAUCUGUAUAUAGCAGACACGCUGUCGCGCGCAUACGAGCCGAGCGCGAGCGUCGAGCAUGCCGGCCGCGAGGCGCUGCACGACGAGGUGUGCGCUGUGGAGCGAGCGCUGGCCGUGGUCGCCGACCGCCACUUCACCGACCACCAGUUUGUCGCGUUACAAAAACAAACUGACACUGACGACGAACUUGUGCAGUUAAGAAAAUGUAUUUUAAAAGGGUGGCCGGAUGAUAGAAAAGAUUUAGUAGACGUACUAAGGCCUUAUUGGACGUAUAGGGAUGAGUUAACUGUGGCACAAGGACCCGGAAAAGCACAAUUCCUGCAAGGUAAACCUCAAAGCGAAGCCCCAGGCAAAUUGAAUGAAAGCACUAGGUCGCAGCGCAGCGAUAUCAUAUUCCAAUAUUUCAAGACGACGGCGAUAUGCGGCAUACAUUAUCCGCACCUGCUACGACUUCGUCGGUGCGGUCACGUAUCGCGUAUGGCGGAAGAGAUCGUGGCGAAGCGCAUCUUUUAUUCUGAACUAGAGAAGGGUAAGGGGCAAAUCCUCCGAUACAAAGAUGUUCAGAAGCGACACAUGAAAAUAUGCAACAUCGAUCCCUCUCAGUGGGAAGAUUUGGCAGCACAGCGUCCUGAGUGGCGCAGGUGGCAGGGCGGAGAGCGGGCGGGCGGCGACGCGGGGGACGGGGUAAUUAGGCGGCCCGGCGGAGGCUGUAUUGAUCGGCGCGUCUCCUAG